UUCUGGGUAUUGUAGUUGGACGUUACUCUAUUGGUCUGCAUUUACAGAAUUACAGUGGUAGUCAUGUAGAACACCUACGGAAGAAAUCAUAUCAUGUUUUCUAUUAUAGUCACUCAUUUAGUCAGAACAAAUCAUUGUAAAAACAGCAAGUCUAUCGUAAGUUCUGAUUUUGGGGCAGAUAAUAAACAUCGUAUCCCACAAUCCAACGCUUUGUUUUGACAUAUGACAAUGGCGGCUUCCAGUGUCAACGUGGAGGGUGUAAUAAGACUGCUAAACGAUCGUUUAUCAAAACUUGGAUUUGAAGUCUACCAUCUGAAGAUUGGUUGGUAUAACUCUGUGUUGCGUCCCUCCCUGCACCUGGCUUACCCAGAUGACACCUUGGCUGUGGUGGUGCUCAGCACUCCUGCCAUGUUUGAACAAGCCUUCCUGCCCUUCAUGGAGGAGAGAGGUUGCCAGGGGUUGUCUGAUCCCAUAGACCAGUGUGUCAAACAUUGUGUCUCAUCUGCUGUCUCACAGUGUUUCCCAGGACAGAAGGUGGAUGUGAGUUAUGACUAUGAGCUGCUGCCCAGCAGGAAGCCGAAGUUCUUGGCUCAGACUGCUGCUCACAUGUGUGGUGCGGCUUUCUACUACCAAAAAUCUGAUGUCACUGAUCAUUCGUGGGGUGAAAAAAAAAUGUGUGGAGUGUGUGUGCAUCCGAGGUUCGGGGGCUGGUUUGCCAUAAGAGCUCUCUUGGUGUUUAGAGAUGUAACAGUGGAGAUGGUGCAGCUGAAUCCCCCUGAUUGUGUGCCCACCAGAGAGGGCAGGAUACAGCUGCUGGAGGCUUUCAACUUUCGCUGGCAGGACUGGAGCUACAGAGACAUCAUCUGUCCAGUCCAGACCUACUCUCAGAAACAGAGGGACUACUUUUCCACUCCUCCUGCCCAGCGGUUUGCUCUGCUCACAACCUGGGGCCUCUUGCCAAGAGAAGACUCUAAGCUACAGAAUGAAAGUAGUGAAAACCCUCACUGAGCACAAGCCUCCACUGUUUGCCAGACUUUAAAUUAAAUUUUGCAUAAUUGAUUCAAGCCUGUAAGGUUUGGGUGCAAGCUAUGGAAAGUGGGGAACCGUAUCCAGGACUGGCAUAUGAAUGUUCACUAUAUGAUGUAUAUCAU